AUGGCGAACGCGCAUGGCCUCGGCGACAUGUCCGCGGGGGGAGAGCCCGACCUGCGCGGAGAUCUGCUGAACGAGCUCGACAACAUCCAGACUCCGGGCUCCUUCGCGACCAUCGCGACCCUGCCCGACGCGCCGCCCGCCGGCCUCUUCGUCGAUGGCCUCGGUGAGGUGUCCAUGCCGCUCGGCGAAGCCCAGGCGGCGCGCUUGAUCGACAAGUGUCGUCACGCACCCUUUGGCAGGAAAGAGGAGACCCUCGUCGACCUCAGCGUGCGCAAAUGCUGGGAAAUGGACCGCUCGCAGUUCAGCUUUCGCGACCCCGCCUGGCCCAGUUACCUCAAGAUGAUAUGCGCCAACGUGGCUCUCGACCUGGGCAUCGACGCCGUCGUCCACGCUGAGAUAUACAAGAUGCUCAUCUACGGGGAGGGAGCCAUGUUCAAGGCACACACAGACACGGAGAAAUGCUCCGGCAUGUUUGGCACGCUCGUCGUGUGCCUUCCGUCGGCACACGGGGGCGGGGAUGUUGUCGUGAAGCAUUGUGGGCAGGCAAAGCUCCUCUCGUCAUCGGCGACGGCGCAGUCGUACUUGGCAUGGUAUUCCGAUGUCUCCCACGAGGUUCUCCCCGUCACGUCUGGCUACCGUUGGGUCCUGACGUUCAACCUUACACUCGACACGUCGAUCGAGCGUCCCCUGGUGGGUGGUCAUCAGAGCCAGAUGCGGGCUGUUCGACAGAUCCUCACGGGUUGGCUCGGCGUGGCCCCAGAGAGCAGACAGAAUAAGUGUCUCCUCCACGUCCUCGACCACGACUACACCGAGGCCAACAUGUCCAUCGGGGCGCUCAAGGCUCGAGACUUGGCUCAGGUCCAGGCGCUCCGCGACCUGUCGACCGAACUUGGCUACGAGGUCUUUCUCGGUCUCUUGACCAAGGAGGAGCUAGGGACUCUAGACGCCGACUACGACCACUACCACUACGACCACUACGACGACGACGACGACGAAUCGGAAGAGGGAGGGUUCCACGACCUCGCCGAUGUCUGUAGCACGAACCACAGCUUCAAGACAUUGUUUGGCUUGGACGGGCGCAUGAUUGCCCAAGAGGUUGACCUAGCCGAGGACGAUCUCCUGACCGAUGGGUACUUUGAUGACCGCGAGUGUGAAGAGGAUCGAGGCUAUACCGGCAACGAGGGGGGGGGAUGCGACCCAUUGGUAUCAUGUGGCGUUCCUCACGACGGGCUCCACGCGUUCUUAUCCAAAUCCUCUUACGAUACGUCGGAUAUCCAGCCACUGAUCCGCUACUACGCCCGGUUAUGCCUCCAACGCCCGUCGGUACCAGCUUUCCCGCAGCUGCUCUGGCGGCUUUGUCGGACGGUGUGGGAGCAACGUCUUGAGCCGGAUAGACCGUCCUGGCGUCCGCUAUUGACCAUUGAUGGGGAGGGGCUCCACGGCGUGGUCAAAGUUGCCCUCGCUAGAGAGGAAUAUACCGUCUUUGAGCAGGCCGCCUCCAAUCACAAAGGUGCGAUGCUGCAUAGCACGUUCGCGGCAAUGAUGCAGUGGGUGCAGCGGGGUGAGGACGUCGAGGGUCGCUUUAGAGCCAUCAAAAAGGGUCUGUGCCUCGCCCUCUCCUCCUUCAACCACUUCUCCGCCCGAUAUCGGGCCAUCAGGAGCUUCAUGACCGUCCCAAAAAGUAUCGCCAGCCCCGACCCUGAGUCAAGUUGCAUCCGAGGGUGGGCUCGCGCAACGAUCCGUGAAUGCCUCGAUGCCUGCCUCUCUAGCACGGUUCUGGGGCCGUUGGCCGGAUCAGACAUGGUGGACUGCGUGCAGUACUUUGAAAACCCGACUGAAUUCUUCUCACUAUAUGUGAUGCCGAAACUCGAUAGGAGGCUCGAUCAGCCGGCGUUCUACCUUGCCUUGAUGGCCCAGCUGCGACGGCAUGGCGUGGACGGCUCAUUACCCAUAGGGUGGGUAAAAUUUGCCCAUCGACUAAUCGCCGAGUGCUUUCUCAGGUCCGUGUCUUUUACACGUGUUAGAGGCGUGUCGUCGUCGACCCAAGAGGCCUCAGCAAAGCGGCCGCGUCUUACCUCAGGCGUGCACAGCUCAGUAGCGACAGCUGUAAGCACCCAAGCCUUGGCUGACUUCUUCUCUGCCAUCGACGACCCGUCUGAGCCAGACUACGUGGUCACACUCUUCGUACGAAACGUGGUUGAAGCCGCUCCGGGGUUAGCAGCAGACGAGUUUGAGGUGUUGUGGAUUCCGUACCUGCGCUGGCUGGCUGGAUCCAUGGCAUCAAAGGAGAUUCCCUUUGAUACACCGCGCUACCAACGCCUAUUUGUCGCCCUUCUCAGCGCCUACCUGCUCAACUACGUGGGACGAGAGCCGCCAAACGACACUAGCUUGGUGAGGCAGGGCGUGGACUGCGACUGCGGCAUCUGCUCAGAGCUCAACGACUUCCUCGCCGACGGCACAAGGAGAGUUGCCCGUUAUCCCUUGAACAAAGAGAACCGUUCCCACGUGCACUAG